ACGUCAUGAACGGAUUACACUUUGCGUUUUUCUUGAUUACAAAUUAAUUUUAUUAUUUUUAUGGUUUCUUUUUAGUAUUAUUCUUGGAUUUUUUACCUAGAAAUAAGUGUAAUCAUGUGUUUUUUACAUAGGUAUUAAUGAAAGCAGAUUCCCCAUCCACCGACACCAUGGGGAUCAUGUACGAGAAACGGCCGCUGAAGAGGCCGCGGCUGGGGCCUCCGGACGUGUACCCACAGGAGCCGCGCCAGAAGGAAGAUGAGCUCACCUCCACAAACGUGAAGCACGGUUUCUCCACUACUCCACAGUCCAGCGAUGAGUUUGGCACAGCUAGGAACUUCAACUACUCAGCUUCGAAGAUUGGACAGUUUUUCUCCAGCAUCUUAUCUAAGAAGGAGGAGCUGAACACACUACCGGACUGUGGCAGGAAGAGACAGCAAGUAAACCCCAAAGACAACUUCUGGCCAGCUACAGCCCGCACUAAAGCACAGAUUGAAGCCUGGUUCAAAGACUUGGCAGGAAGUAAACCCCUCUCACAACUGGCAAAGAAGGCUCCUAACUUUAACAAGAAGGAGGAGAUAUUCAUCACACUGACGGAGUACCAGGUGUCGAUGCCCCGGGCCGCCUGGUUCAUCAAACUGAGUUCUGCAUAUACUGUGGCCGUCUCUGAAGCCAAGAUUAAGAAGAGACAGUUGCCUGAUCCAACUACAGAAUGGACAACAACAUUGAUAAAGUUCCUGAAAGACCAGAUUCCAAAGCUGGCUGAGUACUACCAAAGCGCUGUCCCGGGGAGUGUGUCUGACAAAACACCGCCCUCACAAUCUGGGCAAGGCACCCCCAGCCACAACUCGUCAGGCAACCCGCCCGGCAGCUCCACUCCUAACAGCUCCACAGUGCCCAACUCCAUGCAUUCUCCAGGGAAUUCCAGCACUUUAGGGUCAGCGACGCCCGGCUCAGAGAGCACAGACUGGAGACAAGCCCUGAAGCUGUGGAACUACUGCUGUCGGCUGGCCAAACACCUGCUGGAUGAGGGGCUGCUGGACCGACACGACUUCCUCACCUGGAUCAUAGAGCUGUUAGACAAACGUCCGCCCGACGAUGGCCUGCUUAGGCUGUUCCUCCCCCUGGCGCUCCAACACAUGUGCGACUUCGUGUGCUGCGAGGGCCUGUCCCGGCGGCUGGCCACCAGCUGCGCCAAGAAGGCCGCCGCCAUCUGCUCCGUGCUCUCCGAGGCCACACUGCGCACGCUCAACCAGCCCGCCGUCUUCAACAAGCAGCCAGAACCAAACACCGCACCGAUGUCGCCGGCCCCUGACGCCAACAGCGACGUGAAGCCCAACAUAUCACAGAUCAAACGAUCAGCCACGCCAGCAGAGCAAAACCAAGGCACUCCCAACGCUCCAAUAGGCACUCCUAACCCCUCCCUUGGCACUCCCAAUCCUCUAGGCACUCCCAACCCUCCUCAACCAAUGGAUGUGCAGGUUAAAGAGGAGAAUGACUCGCCCCCAAGAGAUACCAAAGCUACUCUGAAUACUGUGAUAACAGCGGCUUUGAAUCCCGUGCAAGUUGGCUUCGGAGAGAUUCUCAACUGCGCGUACCAUAGAGACGUCAUUAUACAGUUGGCUACUGUGCUCCAAAUUAUCUGCAUCGAGUGCCCAGCAGCGAUGGUGUGGUCGGGCUGCGGGUCCCACUUGGCCGGGUCCCCACUGGACCUGCUCCCGUUGCCGCCGUCGGCGCUGCCCAUGCCACAUAUGGACUCCGCUGUCACCGAGGAACAUCGGCGUAUUAUUUACGAAGCUGAGCAAGAAAUCGCCACAAGAAGUAAAAAAGCUGAAAGCAAAUGGUGCACAGACAAGUGGCAGACAAGCUCACAAGCUCGAGUACUAGCAGUAUUAGAAGCCCUAGAUAGACACUGCUUCGACCGGGUAGACCCAAAUAACAAUCUGGACACGUUGUAUAAAGAGGUGUUCGCUAACUGUACAUCACCGCCUAAGGACUCCAACGCCGACGCUAAAGAUCCGGAAUGGCCGUGUUCGUACGCGGUGGUGAAGGUGUUAUGCGAGUGGGCAGUGUGCGGCGCGCGCUGGGGCGAGCACCGCGCUAUGGCGGCAGCCGCGCUGCUGGACAAGCGACAGCAACAGUUGCUGCAUCAACACCACGAACACCAUGCUACUGGAUCGGACGACAAAGAGUCGAUCAGCUCUGGUGCAGGACUGUAUAACGGGCCGCCGAUAUUUCAGAAUCUCCUACUACGUUUCCUAGACACUGAUGCCCCGGUACUAGAUGAAAGUCCCAACUCUCCGCCAGGAAAUAGACAGCAGUUCGCCAAUCUGGUGCACUUGUUUGGUGAACUUAUACGACGCGACGUGUUCUCACACGAUGCUUACAUGUGCACACUUAUCUCUAGAGGCGAUCUAAUAUCGCCUACGGAACCGACGUCAUCAGGGGGCUCCGCGCACACAGUAGCGCCUCCAGCCAACAGCACCGGGACUAAUCACAACAUGGAUGAUGAUAUAUUUAUUGCCGGCAUCGAUCUCAAACCAAAGAUGGAGGAGAACGUCCGUAUGGAUCUCGAUGACUCUAAGAUCGACGACGACCUGGACAAGUUGCUGCAGCACAUCAAAGAGGACCAACAGAACUCCAUGGACGCCCCCGACAGUCCUAAGGACCCGGGGGAGCCUUCUCACAGUGUAAAUUCUCCAAUGAUGGGACCAGGCGGUAUGAGCAUACCGAGCAUGCAGUCUAUGGGGAUGGGACCAAUGUCUGUACCAGGCAUGCGCACUACAAGCGCAGGCGGGUCGAGCGCGGGGGCAUCGACCCCUGUCUCCCGGCACUACCAUUACACGAUGCACUUCCCCCUGCCGCCCGCGGAGCCCGACCACACGCCGCACGACGCCAACCAGCGGCACAUACUGCUGUAUGGGGUUGGACGACAGCGGGACGACGCCAAACACGCUGUCAAGAAGAUGACCAAAGAAAUAUGCAAGUUGUUCUCCAAGAAGUUCUCUAUCGAUGUAGCUGAAGGUGGAAAAAUUAAGAAGCACUCUCGUAGCGAAUUUAAUUUUGAAGCUGUGACACAGAAAUUCCAGGCGAUGUCAAUGUACGAGCAGGGCGCGGUGUCGUGGGCCGUGGGCGGCGCCGUGUGCGAGGCGCUGGCCGCGUUCUCCGGCGGCGCCACCACGUACCUGCCGCAGCCCGAGCACGUCGCGUUCGCGCUCGACCUCUGCGAGAUAGCGCUCAACGUGCACGGACUUAUUGACACUUGUAUACAGAUAUUGAAAGAGCUAUCAGAAGUGGAAGGAGCGCUGAUAUCCCGCGGCGCGCCAAGUAGCGGACUAGCGGCCCCCCGCGCCUACACAUCAGCCCUAGCGCUAUAUACCGUCGGCGCUCUUAGGAGAUACCAUUCCUGUUUGUUGUUAUGCAUAGAACAAACAUCAGCAGUAUUCGAGCAGCUGUGCCGGCUAGUGAAGUGCGUGGUGAACCCCGGCGACUGCGGCUCGGCCGAGCGCUGCGUGCUGGCGCAACUACACGACCUGUACAAGGCCGCCGCGCAUCUCUGCCACGCGCCGCACGCAGACACCUUCGCCAAUGCUUACCCUAAGAUCAAGCAAGCUCUUUACUCUCCACUGCAGCCAACACCUUCGAACUACGUCUACAAUCCGCAAUUUUUGAGCGAAUUCUUCACGAAUCCUCGGAAAGGUAAAAUAGAGAUAGCGUGGGCGCGGCAAGUAGCAGAAUCUCCCGCCAAUAGAUACAGCUUCGUUUGUUCUGCCAUGUUGGCAGUCUGUCGCGAAGUUGACAACGAUCGGGUGAACGAGCUAGGUGUGGUGUGCGCGGAGAUGACGGCGUGGUGCAGCGGGCUGGCGGCCGAGUGGCUGGGCGCGCUGGUGGCGCUGUGCGGCGCGCAGCACUACCCGGCGGGCGGGGCCGCGCACGUGCCGCCGCCGCUGUACCCCGACCUGUUGCUGCACCGCGACCUUCACGACGCCGCCGCGCACGACGCCCUCGCUGUCUUCACCUGCAUCCUCGUCGCCCGCCACUGCUUCUCCCUCGAAGACUUCGUGCGGCACGCGGCACUGCCGUCGCUGCUCAAAGCGUGCGGCAGCAGCGGCGUGACCGGCAACCCUGCCAACGCGCCCUCCCCAGACACGGGCGCACGACUUACCUGCCAUCUGCUGCUGCGGCUGUUCAAGACUGUUGACACUCCACAACCAGGACUGUACAGCGUGUCCACGUCCCCCGGGCCAGGCGGCGGCGCGGCCGGCGUGCGACUAUCCUGCGACCGGCAUCUCCUCGCCGCUGCGCACAAAAAUAUCGGCGUCGGACCCGUACUCGCCACACUCAAGGCUAUACUGAUGGUAGGGGAUUCCACGGCUCGUGACAGCGGCAAGCCAGGUGGCAAGAAGUCUUGCGAGCUGUCCCAUAUACUGGGCACCAGUGACUCUGGGCCCACGGAUUCACAGCUGGACCUAAUGUCGAUGGUAGACUCAGAGAUGAGUGGGGGCCAUAGAACGCCUAGUGACAACAGGGGCAGUGGCGGUGUUGGCUCGACUCUGCUCGAUUCGUCGCAAUCUCUGUCUUCGCUCGCUCGGCGCGUGUUGGCCGAGAUAUGCUCUGAAGAGUGGGUGCUCCAGAAGUGUCUUCAAAACCCCGACGAACUAUACCAACCGGAUAUGUUGUUGGAUUCUAUGUUAACAAAUAAACAGGCACAAAGGUUGCUGCACAUGAUAUGUUACCCGGAUUCUGCAAGCCACACACACCCGGAUCUUGAUCAAAAAACUAUGAUUACCCGGUUAUUAGAGAACCUGGAACAGUGGUCGCUGCGCAUGUCCUGGCUGGACCUGCAGCUGAUGUUCAAGCAGUUCCCGAGCGGGUCGUCGGAGCUGGCCGCGUGGCUCGACACCGUGUCGCGCGCCGUCAUCAACGUCUUCCAGCAGCCCGCGCCGCCGCCGCCAGACAAGGACAGAAUGGGCACAGAACGCGGCGUGGUGAGCACCAGCAAGUGGUCGGAGUCAGUGUGGCUGGUGGCGCCGCUGGUGGCUAAGCUGCCAGCCGCCGUGCAGGGCCGCGUCCUCAAGCAGGCUGGGCAGAUAUUGGAAAGCGGGUGGGGCGCAGGUUGCAGCGGCAGCUGCUCUAGCGGCAGUGGGGGCGGAGGCGGGUCACACCGCGACUGCAAGAGCCACCAGAGCCCCAGCUAUAAAGGGGCUUCCAGCGGCGGCGGCGGCAAGCGCGGCGUGGCGGGCGGCGCGUGCGGCGGCGCGUGCCAGUGCGGCGGCGGCAGCGCCGUGCGCCUGGCCAACGAGCCGCUGCUGUCGCUCGUGCUCACCUGCCUGCGGCAUCAGGACGACCAGAAGGAACAACUGCUAAGCUCGAUCCACGCGCAACUCCAACACUACUUGACGCAUGCGCGGGACCACGAGCGGUCCGCCUGCAACGACACUUGGCAAGACGACGCGGCGCCCGAGGCUUUACAACUGAGAUUCUCCCUCGCCGGAGGAAUGUUCGACGCCAUACGACGUUCCUACCAGCUCACCUCCGACUGGGCUGUGUUGUUGACACAACUGGUCGCGCAUCAAGUAGUCGACGCGUAUAACAAUAGUCUGUGUCGCAGCAAUCUGUUCACGACUCUGAUCGACAUGCUUGCUACUCUCAUCCACUCCACGUUGGCCGACGGAGGUGACGACAACAACCGGAAGCAUUACCAGAACCUGAUGAAGAAGCUGAAGAAGGAAAUCGGGGACCGACACGGACCCUCCGUGCAGAGCGUCCGACAGCUACUGCCGUUGUCCAAGAAUACUAUCAUUGAGGUUAUUGCGUGUGAACCACUCGGAUGCCUGGUAGAUCAGAAAGGGAACAAAAUUACUGGCUUUGACAGUGACAAGAAACAGGGUCUUCGGCUAACGGACAAGCAGCGUGUAUCGAGCUGGGAGCUGGUGGAGGGCGGGCGGAACCCCGCGCCGCUGUCGUGGGCCUGGUUCGCCGCCACCAAGGUCGAGAGGAAACCCAUGACUUAUGAGAACGCCCACAGACUCCUGAAGUACCACACUCACAGCCUAGUGAAACCCCUCAAGUACUACUUAGAGCCUCUGCCCCUACCACCUGAGGAGUUGGAGAGCGCAGAAUGCAAGCAGGAGCCCGGCAGCCUCGAGUGCAGCCCCACCGGCGCCGGCAAGGGCCGCUCGCGACCCGCACCCUGCAAGAAGAUCAAGAAGCAGAAACCCACCACUCCCACGAGCGGCACGCCUGUGGCGGGCGCGAAUGGCGCGGCUCCGGGCAUGGUGCCUGCGCAGCCGCAGCAGCCGCAGUUCAUGCAACAGCAGCAGCAGUGGUUCCCUCCGCCCGGGCAGAACUACUACACGCCGCAAGCCGGCGUAAGUCCACGUGGUGUGGUCCCCCCAUCCAACACGCAAUCAAAACAAGCGCUCAGCAACAUGCUGAGACAGAGGUUGCCCUUCAACCAGAUGAACCAGAUGCAGCAAAGCAGCGGCUACCCCGGCGCACCGCACCCCCGCGGUCCGUUCCCUCGGCAGGGCAUGCGGCAGAUGCAGCCUAACCAAAUGGGACAGAUGCAACCCAAUCAAAUGAACCCAAUGGGCGCAAUGGGUGGCAUGGCGCCUAUGAACCAAAUGAGCGGCGUCCAAAUGGGUCCUGGACAGAUGGGCGCAGGACAGAUGUCCGCCGGUCAGAUGGGCGGCGGACAGAUGGGCGCUGGACAGAUGAGCGCCGGGCAGAUGGGCGCGGGACAGAUGAGCAGCAUGGGCGGACAGAUGUUCGCCGGACAGUACGGAGGCAUGCAGCAGAGUUACGGCGGGUACGGACAGCAGAUGAUGCAAGGUGGCCAACAGCAGAUGAUGAAUCAGGGAAUGGGUCAAAACGUCAACCAAAUGGCGCAACAAGUUAACCCAAUGGCGCAGAACGUCAACUCGAUCGGCCAAAACGUGGGUCAAAUGAACCAGGGGGUCGGUCAAGGGGGCCAGAUGCCCCAGGGCAUGGGGCAGAUGAACCAAGGGAUGGGUCAGAUGCAACCCAUGGGCCAGAUGGGCCAAAUGGUCCAAGGAGGCGGUAUGGGUGGGAUGAACAACCAAACUGGCGCGAUGGGCCCGCAAGGAGGCAACGCCAUGGGCGGCUUCCCUGGACAACAGUCAUUCCAACAGAACAUGAUGGGUGGUCGUGCGAGUCAAGAGGCGUACAUGGCGCAGCAAAGACAGAAUGCACGCCCUCAGUACAAUAUGCAGGCACCGAAUGUAACAAUGGGUGGCAUGGGCGGCCCUGCGCCCCCCUACCCGCGCGGCAUGCAGCCGCAACAGAGCGCGCAGUACCAACAAAUGACGCAACAACAGCGCCUGCGUCAACAACAGAUGUUGGCCAUGCAACAACAAGGCCCUCUCGUACAACACCUCCAGCGACAACAAUACCAACCGCCAUAUUAGAUCCCGCCAUUUUACUUGACAGUUUUUUUUUUGUAUUGGAUUGGAUAUCUGGAAUUAUUCAUUUCACAUAAAUUAUGAUUCAAUAGGGAGGCGAAGGUGAAGCUGUAUAGAUGGCGCUCUAAGCGUUGGUCCUAACCUAUCCCACCACUUAUAUAAUAUUAUAUAAGUAUAUUAAUAUAAUAUUCUUUUAGUUUAGUAUAUAUUAUGUUGUGGAUAUCUAUAACUAUAAUAGUAAUCUACGAUACCAUUUUUUUGUGGUAUGACGCGCCGUUUGGAACAUCGUGGUCACUUCUAAUUAUACACACGACAAAUAGACUUUUUAUAAUUUUACAAUGACUUUUUUGUUAAUUUUCCGUGGCAUUGAUCUUAGGUUGCUUAGGCACCAGAGCGCCUAGCUAGACGCCAUCUGUCGGGAGAAAUUGUUCCAUCGCCUACCCAUUAAACAUUUAGAGGCUACCCACAAUUUCUAAUGUGAGCAUAAGUUAUUCCUUCGUUCUCAUAAAAGAAACCUCGCCUAUUAAAAUUAUUUUAUUUGUAUACUGAUAUUGACGAAUUUAAAUACCAAAUCCGGCAUUUGAUAAUGCGUUCCAUUUAUUUAUAUAUCUUGAACGCGGGAAUUGUGUUUCCUAGGACAGUUACAUUUUGUAUUUAUAUUUUAUUUUUAGAAGUAAUAUUGUUUUUGACGAUAUUAAGUAAAAAUAUAGAAUAUUGUAAACAAUCUUAGAAUGUGUUAAAUCAAUCAUUUUACUUUGACUAAACGCAUAUAGGUGAUUUGUAAUGAAUAGCUAAGAAUAAUAAUUAUAAGACAUAGUUAUUUGUAUUAUUUUAAUAUGUAAAGUUAAGACUAAAUUAUGUACAUAUUGCAACGUAAAUAUAUUAUAGAUCCAU